AUAGAUGUAUUUACCUCUACCUUGGUUCGCAAGCGUUUCAUUUAAACAGCGUAUAAUUUUAGAGAUAUUCACGUAACUACGGUAAAAUGGAAAGAGACGAUGAUACUUCAAGUAGUGAUAUAGAAAGUAGCGGCUGGCAAGACGACGCCUCAGAGCAAGUGUCUAAUGGUGAAGACACCGAGGACGCAAGUGAAACUGAAGAUCCGAAAGUAGAAUAUGAAUUCACUGAGAUGAAAGAGCAAAUGUAUCAGCAAAAAUUAGCCAUGCUCAAGAGACAAUUGCAGCAAUUGGAAGAGGGCACUUUGCCAGAAUAUGUUAGAAAACUCCGUAAAAUCGACCAAGCUUAUCAGGAGCGUUUAGAAUUAACGGAAGUCGCUAGAGAGUUGGAAAUGGACCAGAUAGAAGCAGAAUAUAGAAUGGAAAUGGACCGAGCUCAAACAGAAUAUGACGAUGGCGUAUUUCAAUUACGAGUUAACUUGCUACAUGAAUGGGAGGAGAAGAAAAAGAACCUUGAAAUGGAAAAGCAAUCUCUGGAACUAUUGUCCGAUAACGUCGAAAUUAAACCCAUCGCCACAAGAAAGUUAAGGAGGAGACCCAACGAUCCAGUUCCCCAAAAUUCCGAUAAGCGAAAGAAAAUUACACCUGGCCAGGUCAACACUUUACUUGAAGAGAAACAAAUUGCCGAAGAUUUAAAACUUCUGAAUAAACUAUCUGGAAACUAUAAUAAAACAAAACCUCAUCAGUACUCCCAACUGAGCAGCAAUGCUGGCUUCUCAGACCACGGUCACAUUUUCGACGCAAGAAUAGACGAAGGAAAGCUCUACUACGAUAAAAAAUGCUUUCAAAGGGCCCAAAGCGUAUUUGUUGAGACAAAAGAAGGAGGUAGAGUUCCAGGUGUUAUAACAGCAAUAUCAAAUCAAGAUGUAUGGGUGAAAAAACAAACUGAACAGAAUAAAAUGCGAAUUAAUAUCGUUCACUUGCAGAAAGAGAAUAUUCAGAGCCCACCUGCAAAAGGCUGGGGUGCAGUUCCAAAAGCCCCAAAUUGUUCAUUUAAGGAGGUCAUGAGCGAAGAGUUGGCGUUAGAAUUGGAAAAAACUGCUAUUAAUUCUGCAACGAAUGAAAAGGACGACCUAGUUUGGAUAGAUUCGGAAAAUAACGAUACUACUAGUGAUGAAUUACUCGCAAGGCUUUUACAAAAGCAAUUUGACGAUGAACAAAACGAUAUAAUUUCGCGUCUGGACAACAAAUAUAAUGGUCAAAGUAAAAUUACUAUAUCUCACGACAAAUAUAAAGUCAAAGUUGAUGAAUUAGAUGAUAGUUCUGAUGACUAUGAGGAUUUUCCCUUGUGGCAUGAAAAAGACAAAGUAGAACGGACUCCCCAAUUUAAUAAAUCAGGAGUUAGCGGAAAGGGCACCAAUAUGAUAACAAAACACGAUGCUGAUUUGUGUGCAACGAAAAACGCAGCAAAGAUGGAUCAUUUUCCCCCGGGAAUGGGCAUAGGAGACAGGACCGGAGUUAAAUUACCAAAUCACGUGUUUAAUAGCCUGAAAGUUCAUUCAAUGAGUGAAAAUAAAAAAGCGAAUCGAUUACAUGAGAAGAAAGAGCAUUCGACAGCUGAAAUGGCUGUAGAUGAAAGAACUAGGCUUAUUCUCUUUAAAUUAGUCAAUGCAGGGUGGCUGGAAGAGCUCCGCGGUUUGCUUAGCACUGGUAAAGAAUCUGUUGUUUUACAUGCUAUUGGUGGCAAAAUCGAGGAAACUGUAAUACCAUCCCAAUGUGCUGUUAAGGUUUUCAAAACAACUUUAAGCGAUUUUAAAAAUAGAGCCAUUUAUGUCAAAGGCGAUGUUCGCUUUUUCAAAGAUGAAUUUAAAAAGCAAAACCCUAGAAAGAUUCUUAAAAUAUGGGCAGAUAAGGAAGCCGCUAAUCUUAAGAGACUGGCACAUAACAACAUUCCCUGUCCUUCAUUUGUUACUUUGAAGAAACAUGUACUAGUCAUGUCUUUCAUUGGUUCAGACGAAGGAGUUCCAGCUCCAACGCUUAAAGAUGCAAAAUUAACGGGUUCCGAUGCCGAUUUGGCUUGGGAACAAGUUAGCAAAUAUUUAGAAAUCAUGUAUCGCAAUUGUAAAAUAGUCCACGCCGAUUUAAGUUCUUAUAAUUUACUUUGGAAAGACAAAACUGUCUUUGUCAUUGACGUAGGCCAAGCCGUUGAAAUUCUACAUCCACUAGCCCAUCAGUUCUUACUUAGAGAUUGUCAGAAUGUUAUUAAGUUUUUUAAAGGUUUAGGAGUAGACGAUCUUCCGUCCCCUUAUGAAUUAUUCAAUGCAGUAACCGAAUUAGAUUUGAAAGGCGAAGGGGAAGAAUUCCUUCAGCAAAUUCAAGAGUAUGAGAAGAGUGAAGAAAAUCUACGAUUAGGAGUUAGCAACAAAAAUUUUGCCUUCGAUUUCUUCUUCGAUAAAGAAAACAAAUCAUAA